AUGAGCACUACGCCGUUCAAAAAGAUCGCGCUCGUUGGCGGCGGAGGUACUGUAGGCAAACCGAUCCUCGAGGCUCUGCUUGCGACUGACACCGCCGAAGUCCUCGUCCUCACCCGCCCAGACUCCACCUCCUCGUUCCCCUCCCAUCCAAAUCUCAAAGUCGAGCGCGCAGACCCCACAGACGUCGACGCUGUCUCUGUUGUUCUAAAGAAGCACGGCAUCGAGGUGCUCGUUUCUGCGGCGGGCACUGGCGCCGUGCGGCUGUUCGUGCCCUCUGAGUUUGGGAUGCCGACGGAGGGCGUUGGAUGCGCCGCAUGUGGCUGCGAAGGCCCGGGUUUCGAGUGA